GACCACUGAUGAGUGACUUUUGAGUGCAGCGUGAUAUCCAGGGGGUAUGAAGUUGUUUCUGCAUACUCUCAGCCUGCGACUCCUCCUCCUUGCUGGCAGUCCUCUAGGCAGCCCGGCACAGCAAGGCUGCAAGAUUUGGAAUCCCAACAGGACAGAAGUUUGCUGUGAGGAAUGUCACCCAGGCAACCGUCUGGUUAAAAACUGUGGCCUGGACCCAAAAACGCUUUGCACCCCUUGUGAAUCGGGAACCUUCACAAAAAAUCCCAAAGCUGACAGGUGUGACCGGUGCACGCAGUGUGAAGGUGCACAGGUUCUGGUGAAGGAGUGCACCACCACAAGCGACACAAAGUGUGGGUGCAAAGAUGGCCUCCUCUGCUGCGACCACCUCUGCUCCUUCUGUUCCAAGAACUGCAGCAAAGGAGAAGAACCCAGAGAGAACUCUUAUGUGUGGCCAAUACUCUUGUCGGUGGUUCUUCUGAGCAUCCUGUUGGUUAUCAUCAUGGCUGUCUGCGUUCUUCAGGGAAAGAGGACGUCAAAAAGGAAAAAGGCCAAACAACCGAUCAUAAGAACACCUACAGAUGAACCUGUUACAUUAAUCGCCAUUGAAUGUAGUUUCCAUGACAUGGAGGAACAGCAAAGCUGCAGCAUCCUGGACCAGUCCGUAGUCUCCAAAGAGGCCCAGGAGCACUCUGUAUCAUAAAUACAUUCAGAAUUCUACCUGCAAAAGAAAGACCACUUUACUGCUGCUUUUUAGGGAUUCUCCCAGAUGUGAUAACACCGGACGGGGAAUUCUGAGCCAAACAAAGGGCCUUCUUAUCUUAAUGACUGCUGUGUGAUGCCUCAGCUUAACAAAAAAUGACUGCACCACACCCUAUAAGAGAUCGAGAAGGUCAUUAUGCAGUUUUAUUUGGUGCUGGCAGAGUGCACGGUUGGUGACGCUCCCUGGAGUAAACAAUGGUUACCAGAGCAACCUGUUAAAUAGUAUAAUCUGGUAUAUGAUAUCAACUUAGAUGUAGAGUCUUUUACUGCACAAGUGUUUGUGUGUGUGGCAUGCAAAUGUCAGCCUGAGCACCCUGAACAACGCAAAUAAUCCCGACUCAUGUUGGGACUUGCCUGCUUGGACAACCACUGUGAUUGUGUCCCAAGUCAACCAUUUGAUGAGAUAACAACGCAGCACCUUAUGUGGGUUAUCUUGUCUGGGUUCCCCCUCCCCGUCCAUCCCGAAAUCAAGUCUGAAGGUAUAAAUGUGUAAAGGUAUUUGUCCAGGGUGUACUCUGCUUUGCGCCCAAUGUGACUAUGAGGAGAACCUGUUAGGAUAGUGGGUGAAGAUUACACAUCGAUGUGGGGGUUAUGUUACAAGAUUGUUUUGAUUUCCAGUAAACCUGGUGCUAUGUGAAACCCACCAGAAGAAAUGCAGCACACAGAAUUGGCCAAACAAGACGUGGAAACCCCCCACCGUCUAUCCUGUACUUGUACUCGAGUGGGCAGCUGAGAGCAAGGGGACUAUUUCCCAAUUGACACAUGAGAUGAAAUGUAUGGUUUACAAAAUGUUCCGUGUGGGUUUUCAGCUGCAAAUGUUGGCCAAGGUGUUAAGUCAAGAGUAGAGCAACUUAUGCUGUACUCAUACUGAAAAAAAGUGUAUCUUCAUUGAAUUAUGGUCUCCUUGUGGAUUUAUAGAAUUUUACAUACAGCAAAUAAAACAUUUCAAUUAUCAUAA